CGCAUCAGCAUCUCUGCAGCCCCGCAAACAUCCGGAUGGCCUUCAGUUGCCGCUGCGCCGCACGGAUGGUCAUGAGGACAGAGCGGGAAAAGGGACUGGAGCGCAGAGGAGGAGAGCCUGGAGAAAAGCCGGGGACUGCCCAUGGUGGAGGGGCGGAGCUGUAAGCAUGCGCUGAGCUGGCAGGCUCUGGGCUGGUCCUGACGGGCUGGCUGCUGGGCUCCGGGCGGCUGUCUGUGCGCGUCAGACGGUGGCGGAGGGAGGGAGACUACCAUCCACACUCUGCGCCUCCUCGAGAAGUCCGAAGGACCGGCGAAAGCGACGCGGAAAGCCGCGGAGACACAGCAAAGUACAGCCUCUGCCGACAUCUGGAAAAACACCGAAGAAGGAGACGCGCGCCCCCACCCCUCUAUCCCACACCCGCCCUGUCUUUCCUCUCCACCACUUCGUGCCAUCCCUCUGGUGUGAGCUGCCCCCAUUGGAGAAUCACGACCACCUAAAGGAAGCCCCUGCCUGACCAGCGUUGCUAUGAAGCGAUGCUUUGAAUUUUGGACGGAAUCACCCUUUUAGGCGUCGCUCUUUCCUCAACAGGAGCACUCCAGCCUACGGAUUUGGGUGUUUACACUUUUUUGCGCGUUUUCACUGAUAUGAUGACAUGCAACAUAUGAUCCUAAAGACAGAGCUGUCACUGCAAAGACUUUUGCGCAUCUAAACAACCAGCUGUCACACACGCUGGGUUUUAGUUUAUGUUUGUUUUCAAGCUUGACAAUGGUCUAAGAGCAGACCUAGUAAUCAUUUUCCAGACGUGUCAACUGCAUUUUGUUAUCAAAGAAAAACUGACAAGGAGUCUCCUGACACCGACACAUUUUCAGACCAAGGAUUGGAGAAGUUUGUUCCUUUGGAAGCUGGAGACAUCCCGGUUUUAUCCACGGAAUUUUGGCUGUAAGUUCAGACGUGGGAAGUUUGCAGUCAUGCUGUCGCUGGACGAGCCUCUGGACCUGAAGGUCCCACGGCGAUCCAAUGGAAAAGACAGAGGAGCACGUUCCUCUCCCCUCUCGCCGCUAAAUGCCAAGCGGGUCCGGCAACUCCACAUGACGGAUGAUGGGACGGCCGUGAUAGAGCCUGCCUCACCCCCAUCCCCACACUCAGGUGUGCAGGUGGUCCCUCAUGACCGGACAGACACCCCAACCCCCCCUGCAGUGGACCUGAGCAUGUCCCCCUCCUCCCGCCACACCCCCAGCUCUCCAGAAAUGAUGAACGGCAACUACCUCCCCUCAGGAGCAUUUCGAUUCUUUGUGCCAAUCGGAGCCGGAGCAGGACUUCACCUGCCGUCCUCCAUGUUUAUUGGCAAGACAAACGACAAGCGAGCUUCCCCUGACCUUUCGGCGGAUGAACAACUGGCCUGUCGCUGGAAAAAGUGCCACCUGCUCUUUGACUCCUUACAAGACCUAGUGGAUCAUGUCAACGAUUUCCACGUCAAACCUGAGAAGGAUUCUGGGUACUGCUGCCACUGGGAGGGAUGUGCCCGCAAAGGAAGGGGAUUCAAUGCUAGGUACAAAAUGCUUAUUCACAUUCGCACGCACACAAACGAGAAGCCCCACCGCUGUCCCACCUGCAACAAGAGCUUCUCACGCCUGGAGAACCUCAAGAUCCACAACCGGUCCCACACAGGUGAAAAGCCCUACAUUUGUCCUUAUGAGGGCUGCAACAAGCGCUACUCCAACUCCAGCGACCGCUUCAAGCACACGCGCACGCAUUAUGUGGACAAGCCCUACUACUGCAAGAUGGUGGGCUGCCUGAAGCGCUACACAGACCCCAGCUCACUGCGCAAGCACAUCAAAGCUCAUGGCCACUUUGUGGCUCAGGAGCAGGCUGCCGCCGGAGGGGUGGGCUCUCUGCUGAAGGGAAGUCAAAGUGGAGUUCUUUCUGGUAAGGAUUUAGAGAUGCCCUAUGUAAGCGGAGCUCACAUUAUCAUCCCUGGAGCGGCGGCCGCACUACUAGGAAGCCACGCUCUGCAGGGGAUCGGCGGUGCCUUGCCACUUUCCCCCCUCAAUCCCCGCCCUCUGGACCUCAGCACACUGGGUAGCCCCAACUCCCCGCCGUGCAGUUUGGGAGGCUCGUCUCUCCUGUCCUUCAACGGCUCCCACCUGGGCCUGGCUAAGUCCGCCCUGCUACCCCCGGCGUUCGCUUCAUCGGCUCUGGGCAUGCCAAUGGUCCCGGUGCUGUCUGAGCGCAGGGCCCAGCACCUUCCGGCGAAAAAAAGCAGAGUAGAGGCAGAUGACGAGGUGACCGGCGGGGCUUUGAACCUCUCCACUGGAGGGUCUCAUGAUCCCCUGUCUUGGGUGGUCAUCCCCCCUGGCUCUGUUGUGCUCAAGCCAGCUGUGGUCAACUGAUACACACACACACAUUCCAGAAGAGCUCAGGGGGUUGGGAAAGAAGAGUCAAUAACAUAGGGGAGGGUAUGGCCGGUCAACGACGACAAAGAUGGGCUUGCACAAUCAAAUGCAUAGAGGAAAAAAUAAAGAAAAAAGACAAUGGAUGUCAAUAAUCCUCAAAAAAUGUAAUAACGCAAGCCUCUUUGUGUGUUGGAAAACAAACUUGAGGCAUCAGAACCGUUUCAUGUCUAGUAUCUUUACUACAAGGCCUUAACACAGCCUGCUCUUUUUACGUUUUCACUUUCUUCACGAAAGUUCAUCAUCAUCAAGUAUUUAUGCGAUUGUACUUUGACAGUGUGCCUCCAGCUUAGCAGGGAGAUACGUACGCCACAAACGAAGCACUCGCGGUGACAGGUAGAUGCGAUAGGAAGACUUUUUUAAUUUUUUUUUUUAAUUUUCACAGGCCACUGUGAUUGAUAGACAAGCUUGCCAAACCAAAGCAAGUGAACUCAGCAGGUCCUGUAGUUGAGCAGCGUACAGGUCGGCCAUAUUGUCAGCUGGUAUUAAAAAAACCUCAACACUGCUGCUAACCUCGCUGCUCCUCCAGUACAACACAAACUGGGAAGGAGCCAUUUUUUUGACAAUCUGUCCCCCUCCCCCGCGUAAUGGGGGAGAGUGACCAACACAGACCAGCCUAGUCCACCAGAAUGUAAGCCAGCUGCGCAGACUAGGGGCUUUUAGGACAUUUCACAUCACCUGACACCGACCCAUCUCUCAUAAAGUUUUAGGCUCUGGUGCGUCGGACUCCCCCACCUCAGGUCGGCCCCCGGACAACAUCCUUGUUGUUACGUACAGAACUAGCACUGUUCCGCUCCUGGAUUGUCCAGCUGCAUUCCCAUAAUUGAAUCAACACAGGCAGUUUGUGUAUGAAAGGGCCCCUUUGGCGAUAAACACUUCUGUCUUCUCAUUUUGUAAAACUAAACCCACCCAAAGCAGCUGUGGACAACAAGUGGUGGAGAUCCAGCUUCAGUUUUACAGGAGGGGCGGGGGGUAAAGUAUGAUGUUGAUGUGGGGGGGUUUGAUGCACUCGAUGCUGCUUACAGCUGGACUGAGAAGGAAGCUGUUACAAACUGCCUCGUUUCAUUCUGUCCAAAGGGGCAAGAAAAAAAAAAAAACAAGCAUUUUCUGGGAAAUAACUCAAGUCUCUUAAGCUGUCAACAUGCACUUACUAUAGACUCUACUGUUUUAUAAAUUGUCUCUUUAAUGUCACGGUUUUUGAGAAAAAAGUUCUUAUUUGGUGUCUCUACAAGUCUCAGUGUUGUUGUGGACUCAUUCCAGAGUUACAUUUGUAUGAUGUUGACCGUCAUGUCUGCAUAAGACAGGAAGAGGAGGAGCAAAAAGAAAUAGAUCCUCUUCCUGUCUGCUUAAGUCUUCUUUUUGCCUCAAAAUAUAUUUUUUUUCUCAAAGGGGAUCAAUUCUCUUGUUGCUGUUUUACAUUUUUGCCGUUUUUUGGGUUUUUUUGUUCAGACGAGACAUUUUUGUGAUGUUGAAGUUGCUUCUUGUGCUCUGCAAUGGCUGCUCAGCAAUCAGCUUUCUGCUGCCGCGGAGUCUUUUUAAGGGAUUGAAUCGAGGAAGUGGGUUGAUCUGCUCUUUCACACCAGUGGGUCCAAAUUUAAAUCUGUAAACUUUUUAAACAGAAAAUGUCCCUGUUAAAAAAAAAUCCCCAAUCAAAAAAUGACAUUUUUGACUCCCAACAAUACUUACAAUAUUUUUUAUUGAAUUAUUGAAUAUUCUACAAAUAAUAACUUUCUCUAAAACAUAAUUUUGCACAUAUAUCUCAUGUUUUGCAGUAAAUUGCGCUUUAAUCUAACAUAAAAAUAAUUUUAAAUCAAUAUUAAAUUUAAACUUUUUUUUAAAUUGUUACUUUCUUGGCCAUGAAGAAGGAAAAACAUAAAAUUAUGUUACGUUUACACUUGGAAUGCACAAAAAUCAAAUAAAAGCUAGGCGGUGUCACAGUUUGUAGUUUGCAAUAAAUCCAUAAAAAUAAAGUUAUGGAUUAAUAAAGUGAUCUGAGAUUCUCCUAUGCUAUCAAAUUAAUAAGCUGCUCAAUAGCUCCCAUAAAAAUGGUAAAUAAAUGUGUAAAGUUAAAACAAAGUUAGCAAUCGGUUUUACUUAAUCUGAAUCCUAUGAUGAUUUUUUAAUGAUGUUUUUAUUACUUGUGACAUACUACUAAAUUUUUUUUUAAUGAUUUACUGGUUAGAAAUGUACGUAAAGUUUGAAAUUUCAUAUGUUUUCGUAAUUCCUCAGAAAUAUGAAAUGCCAAUUGAUGCAGCAACUCAAAGAGAAAUAGAUUUGGGUGAUUAUGUCAUCAGUGUUAAUAAUUAAUGAACAUUUUUGAGCUCAUAUGUGGGAACCACUGGUGACGGGAGUAAAAAAAAAGGUGUUCACUGAGUAAAUUAUGUCAUAUAUCCUUCUCCUUGAUCUUUUUCUUACAUCCAAAGGAAUAAAAAAGAAUAAUAAUGAGGGUGGGAAUGCAAAAAGGAAAGAUUCGGUUUUGAUAAAUAAGUUAUGGUGAGAAGACAGGGACAGAUAAGGGUGGAGGCUGUCUGCCAGCAGAGGAUGGCUGUGCUGUGCUGCCGCUCUCCAUCUGGCCACCUACCCUGCAAAUGGCCCUCUUAGCUCUGAAGUCACCGGCUGUUCAGCCCAGAGCGGCGGCCACUCACAGGCACACCAGCCUGCAGGAAACUAGGCCACUGAACUCUAUCUGCCCUCCUUCUUUUGCAGAUUAAGGCCAAAAGGCUCAAUUUCUCCACCUCCUGGCAACAACGUUUUUUUUAACAAAAGAUAGGUCAAAAUAAACCUAAUUCAGAGUUCUGAAUCUGUGGAUGAACAAACGCGGCGCGUGAUGGCAAACAGGUGUUGAGAUGGCUUCCAUGGCAACAGCGUCCUCUUCCUCCUCUCUCCAGAAGAGAAGGAACAGAGACUCAGAGCGGCAGCAGAAAUCUGAGCGUGACACGGAUCCCGACACGGUCCACACAUUUUCAAUAUUAAAUAAGCUGUAUGACUCAUUAACCCUUUGAGCUCAGCCUGUAAUAAACUGCACUUUUUAACCUCCCCCCCUUCUCGUUUAGAAUUGGGGAUGCUGUCAGAUUUCGUUCCAAGCAUUUUUCCAACAGUUCUGGGACCCAAGAAUGACGACCGUGGUAGGUGAAUAAAAUGUUUUGUAAAAAGUGGUACAUUCCUUUUGAUAGUUUAACCUCUCUUGUUACAAAAAGUGAGGCUGGGAUCUAGAAGACGAAGCGGAACAGACCAGGUCACCACAUUGUUUCUAAGUGCCACAGUGUUGCACAAAGGGUUAAUGACAAGACUAAGGCCACACAAGGCCUGUACCAUGUUAUGUUUUUGCACAUUUGUGAAAUAUUAUGUCAGUAUUUUCUUUUUUUUCCAAGUGCCUUUUUAUUAUAGUUAAAUACAGAAGUUAUACACUAUAAGAAACAAAAGUGAUUAUAAGAAACUAUAUAUUUUUUUUCCUGACAUCAUGUUCUGUGUUUGAACAUGCAGAGUUUUAGAGUCGUAAAAGUCUCCAAUUGGUACAACCUAGGUGUGUUCUCCUGUUUUAGAGGAAUUUUAUUACGAUAUUGAUAAUGUCAAUGAAAGCAAAAAUGUUUAAUAAAGUUGCAUUUGAUA